AUGAAAAGCGAAUGUCGGGCACCAAGGAAGGACAAAGAGGGCUGGACAGCCAAUGCUGCGAUGAAGGACAUAACAGAUGCACUCUUGUUAAGUGUGAGAAGCUCGCUCGAUGACUGGAUCAUGGACUCAGGGGCCUCAUUUCACUCUUGCAGUAGCAGAGACAUCAUGGAGCCAUUCACCGCAGGAGCUGUCUCACAACCGCACUUGUGGCAUAGUUGCUUGGGCCACAUGAGCGAGAAAGGAAUGAAGGUAUUGAAGUCGAGAGGACUUUUGCCCGAGCUGAAGUCAGUAGACGUGGGUCUCUGCGAGCAUUGCGUGCUUGGAAAGAAAAAGCGAGUGAGCUUCAUGACCACCGGGAGAGCUUCAAAGACAGAAAAACUGGAGCUCGUGUACACUGACUUAUGGGGGCCAGCACCAGUGACAUCCCUUGGAGGGUCGAUGUACUACAUGACGUUCAUCGAUGAUUGCACAAGAAAGGAAUACCCGAGCGAUGACAAGACCAGACAUGAGUAUGUUGAUCUCGAUAUUUUAAAUACCAGAAUCAUGAGACCAGCAAAUUCAGUGGGAGCUCAGAUGGAUGAGAUCGAGCGUACAGAAGAAGAGACAGAACCAGAAUCGGAGGAACCGAUUGCUGAGAGCAGCACACCCCUGGCACUAGGCCGAGAACCGAGGAUGAGAAGGGCCCCAGAUAGAUGGGUCUAUCGGAUUAAGGAGGAAUCAGAUGGGACGAAGCGGUACAAGGCCAGACUUGUAGUGAAGGGAUUCCAACAGAGAUACGAUAUUGACUUUACCGAUGUUUUUACACCUGUUGUUAAGUUAACCACUAUUCGUCUAGUGUUAAGAAUGGUAGCAGCGGAGAACUUGGAGUUGCAACAGUUAGAUGUGAAGACGACCUUUCUGCAUGGGGAUCUAGAGGAGGAAAUUUACAUGGUGCAGUCAGAGAGGUAUAGAGAAAAUGAUCAGCAGGAUACUCCAGGUGUAAUGCUGAUCAUUGUUGCUAUGUGA